AUGGCCGUUUUCUUCUUCUCCUCUUCUCGUUGUAUUCAUCUCUCCAUUCUCCUCUUGGGUGCCUUGGUUACAGCAGUGUGUGCUAUACCAUUGCCAUUGAUAUCCGAUGAGCAACGCCAGGUCAUUAUCAACAACCACAUUCCUUCAUUGAAUGAUGCCCUUACGGUGGACAGCGAUGAAGACAUCCUUUUCGACGAGUUUUGGCAAGAUGAUGAAGAUGACGAGGAUGAUGACGAAGAUGCAUUCAAUUUCAUUUACAAUCUUUUUGGUGGUGUGGACGAACAUGAUGAACCUGUAAAGAAGCCGCAGCAACAGCAGCAGCAAGAACAAAGAAUGGAGGAUGAUAUUCAAUCGGCCAUGAUGAUGGUAUCUUCUUCAUCUGAUGACCAUGUCAUUGAGAUGGCUAUCAUAUCACGAGCCAAGCAGACUUUUCGACGACCUUCAUUGUUUGCCACAUCAAGUGCUGAAGAGCAAGAUGAGCUUGAUUUGAUGUCAUCGGAUACGUAA